AAUUCAAAAUAUAUGAUUCUGUUUUUUGUAACAUAACCUUGUUAACUUACAUUUUAAACAAAUAAUAGGUAGGUGUUGAAACGUAGUAAAAUUUUUGUUACAAUGAAAAACAACAAAUCAAUUGCCGUUAAGGCUCGCCAAAAGAAAAUCACUCCAAUAAAAACCGAAAAAAUGAAAUCAAAAGGCAGUAAAAAAGUUUUAAAACAAAAACUUUCGAAAUCACCAAGUAAGGUGACUACCACACCGAUAGUUACAGUGCAGAAAAAAAUUAAAUACAUGACGCCAUCUAAAGUAGUUACAGAAACUCUUGUUACUGCAUGCUUGAAUGCCUUGGAAAAAUUAACCACACUUAGUAAUAAAAAAAAUACUAUUUUCGGUGAUGAAACACAAAUAUUUAUGGAAAUUCGGUGUAUCAAAAUAUUGAAGUCUAAAGGCAAUGUGAGAUUCACACUACCAAAUAGCACAAUGGCAUCUUCUGGUGAAGUAUGCUUAAUAACACCGGAUUUGAAAAAAGGAAAGAAAGUAGACCAUGAUCCUACUGUUGAUCACUGGGAAGAAAUACUAAGAAAGGCUGGUGUAACAGCUGUCAAAACUGUAUUACCUAUGAGACAAUUGCGAAUUGAAUAUGACCAAUAUGAGUUAAAGAGAAGACUAUUGACACAGCAUGACUUUAUAAUGGUUGAUACAAGAGUACUUAAUCAUGUGUCACAUGUUCUCGGAAAGAUGUUCUUUAAAAAACAUAACAUGUUGAUACCUGUCAAAAUAAAUGAAAAAAAAGAUAUUAAGAAAAAUAUUGAUGUUGGACUACGAACUGUUAUGUUAAGACUGAGUGAAGGGCAAACAUCUACAAUACUUGUAGGAAACACUGCAAUGCAACAAAGUCUUAUCAAUGAGAACAUACUAGCAAUAGUUAGACAAUUAAAAGAGAAGUUUCCUGGGGGCGAAAAUAACAUAAGAUCCUUAUCAAUAAAAUUACCACUAUCCUUAUCCAUUCCACUAUAUCUUACAUUGAGACCUUCAGGUUCAGUCAAGACUAUUAAAAUCAAAAAAACUAAACCGAAGAAUUACAAGGACUAUGAGGAUGAACUUACAACCCACAUAGGAUGUACUGUACGAGUAGCACCUGAUGGAACUGUACACCUAAAAAGAAAAUUGAACCAAUCAGAUGCUAGUGAUAUUGAAGAUCAAGAAAGCAGUGAAAAUGAAGAUGGUGAAGAUAAAAAAGAUCAAGAAUAGUAUUGUAAAAUAUAAUUUGUUCAUUUAUUAAAUAUAAGUGAAAUUAA